UGUUGCAAAAUAAGUUGUAGCCGCAAUUCUACUUCCCCGCAUAGGUACGAGUUUCUUCUUUUUUUUUUCAAUUUGUCGUCGAUUGCAAUUGAAAAAAAAACGCCAUUCAUUUCGCUAUUCUCUUUCAAUCUUGAAAAAAAAACGUUAAAAUUACUAAAAAACGAAAGAAAUGUACCCGUGGACUUCACCAGCAUACAACAGCACAAAUUCUUCUGCAUUUGCAUCCGCCUCCGCCACAACAAGGACCAUGCCGAAUGGUUUGGAUGAACAAGAAAAGCUCCUUAGCGAGAUCAUUGGCAAUGUCCGGAAGCAAGCGUUUCAAAUGAAACACUUUUUCGAUAAAAAUCGCCUGAUGGAAGCCAUCAAAUGCGCUAGCACAAUGUUAACUGAGCUCAGAACUUCACAGUUAUCUCCAAAAAGUUAUUAUGAGUUGUACAUGGCCAUCACAGAUGAACUGUGUCAUCUCGAGUUUUACUUGAUUGAAGAUUUCCAAAAGAAUCGCAGUACUACCACAGAUUUGUACGAAACUGUCCAGUACUCGGCUAAUAUAGUACCACGUCUGUAUCUCCUGAUCACAGUUGGCUUAGUUUACAUCAAAAGCAAUUCAGCUUUAAAACGAAGCAUACUCAAGGACUUGGUCGAAAUGUGCCGCGGAGUUCAACAUCCACUACGUGGUCUGUUCUUGCGCAAUUACCUGCUGCAAUGCACACGCAACAUCCUUCCCGAUGUUGUUGUUGCCGAAGACGAAAACGAGGGCAAUGUACUCGAUGCCAUUGAAUUUGUUCUCAUGAAUUUCGCCGAAAUGAAUAAGCUCUGGGUGCGAAUGCAACAUCAAGGACACUCGAGCGAAAAAACUCGCCGCGAAAAAGAACGAGAAGAACUCAAAAUCUUGGUUGGAACCAACUUGGUGCGUUUGUCGCAAUUGGAAUCGGCUUCGCUGGAAACAUAUCAGCGUUUGAUAUUGCCUGGUAUUCUCGAGCAAGUUGUCAGUUGCCGCGAUGCAAUUGCUCAAGAAUAUUUAAUGGAAUGCAUAAUCCAAGUGUUCCCCGAUGAAUUCCAUCUGCAGACUUUGGAUCCGUUUUUAAAGUCUUGCGCCCAGCUUGAAACUGGUGUGAAUGUCAAAAAUAUUAUUAUUUCAUUGAUCGAUAGACUGGCUGCAUAUAAUCAAAGAAAUGCAAAGCCAAGUGAAGCUGGUUCAGCGAUCCCUGCAGAAGUCGAACUAUUUGAAGUUUUCAGCGUCCAGGUGGCCAACAUUGUCCAGACACGAACUGAUAUGCCCCUGGAAGAUACUAUCUCGUUGCAAGUCGCUUUGCUAAGUCUCGCCCAAAAGGUCUAUCAAGAUCGUGUUGAUUAUGUUGACAAAGUUUUGGAAACUACAACUCAAAUCCUCGAGCGAAUGAAUAUGAAUAACAUUUCUCACUUAUUAACAGUAAAUCAGGAGCUAUCUCGUCUCCUUCGCAUCUGUAUCGAUUUCUACAACAACGUCCUAACAAUUAUCCAACUGAAUAACUUUUGUCCAUUGCUCGAGAAAUUUGAUUACACUUCUCGCAAAUCUCUGGCAUUGUACCUCAUAAUGAAUAUUCUCGAAAACGAGACACUUGUUCCAACUGCCGAUGAAGCUGACAAAGUCCUAACAAUGAUUGCCCCACUCGUGAAGGAUGAAGAUGGAGUUAAUGUUAACAUGGAAGAUAAAUAUGAUCCCGAAGAGUUUGCUGAAGAACAAGGAAUCGUAGCUCGAUUUGUUCAUCUUAUGAAAUCUGAAGAUCCUGAUAUGCAAUACAAGAUCCUGCAAAGUGCCAGAAAACACCUUGGCAUCGGUGGACCACAAAGAAUAAAACACGUUCUUCCACCGCUAAUAUUUUCCGCCUAUCAAUUGGCUUACAAAUAUAAAAACAUCGCCAACGAGGACGAGAACUGGGACAAGAAAUGCCAAAAAAUUCUGCAAUACUGUCACAGCACAAUUGCUGUUCUCGCCAAGGCUGAUUUGCCAGAGCUCGCUCUAAGGUUGUAUUUGCAAGGAGCGUUAGUUAUUGGUGAGAUUGGUUAUUCCAAUCAUGAAACAGUUGCCUAUGACUUUAUGACACAAGCAUUUUCCCUCUACGAGGAUGAGAUUUCUGACUCAAAGUCUCAAUUGGCGGCCAUAACUCUGAUUAUGUCCACUUUUGAGCAGAUGACUUGUUUCGAUGAAGAGAACGCUGAGCCUCUGCGAACGAAUUGUGCUCUUGCCGCGUCAAAAUUACUCAAAAAACCCGAUCAAUGUAGGGGUGUGGUAUCGUGUGCGAGUCUCUUUUGGAGUGGAAAGAAAAAUGGAGAAGAAAUGCGCGAUGAGAAGCGCACACUCGAGUGCCUGAAGAAGGGCGCCCGAAUCGCAUCUCAGUGCCUAGAUACUGGUGUACAGGUUCAAUUAUAUGUAGAACUCCUCAAUCACUACCUUUUCUAUUUCGAACGCGGUAAUUCACUUAUUACAGUCGCUAUGUUAAAUCAAUUAAUAGCAAAGGUUAAUGAGGAACUGCCCAAUUUAGAACCAAGUGAAGAAACAAAACAAAUUGAAAUGCACUACAAAAAUACAUUGGCUCACAUAAAAAGCCGCAUAGAAUCAAAUGACGCCGGAUUAGAAGUAUCUUUCGCUGGCAUUUCUAUAAAUUAGUUUAUUAUUAUUAAUACAAAAAAAAUUAUAUUUUAUUAUUAUUAUUAUUAUUGCUGCCCCUGCUCCUUUCCCUAACAGAGAAAUUCUUUUUUUGUAUCCUCUAUCCCCAAUCUCUAAAUCUUUCCCACUGAUCUAUAAAUCUCUUCCCAAAAUUGUCCUUCCUAAAUAUUAUUAUUAUUAUUAUCAAGUAAAAAAAAAGAUUUUAUGUUAAUUAUAUUAGUAUAUCAUUUAAAUUUUGUUUUUUUUUUUCUUGAAAUUAUUAACGAAAUUAAUAUCCUUUAAAAUAAAAAGAAAGGAACUUACUUAAAAAAUUGUUAUAUUGCUAAAAGUUUAUUAUAUAUUC